AUGGUCUUCUCGCGCUCCUCGCUUUUCUUCACCACCAUCGCCAUUGGCUCUGCGCUAGCCGCACCCAUCACACCGAACUCUGCAGACGCGUCUACCAUCACCUCGAACGGCUUGGCGUUGACCGCCUCGACUUCGACAUCCGUGCUUCCCACCACCGUCUUCACCGACGCGGCCACCACCACUACCGAGGAAGGCAGCUACACCAUCCAAACCAGCCCCGCCAGUCCGGACGAAUCAUACGAACGCAGUUCCGCGCCGCCCAAGUCGACGAGCGGUCCCAUCCCCGCCGCAUUCGAAGACAUGACCGUCGUCGGCAUGGGUGGCAUGUCGACCACGGACGCCAUCGCUGCCGCGCCGCGUCCCACCAACCCUGCUCAGCUCUUCAAAGUCGCCUCUCAUCCGAACUCCGACAACGACGAUACGACUCUCCUCCCUUCGCUGGCGUUUGAGCAACCAUCAGCCGCGCCGACAAUGACGUCCGCCUUCGACGACUCGUCGGUGUCAACCAUUGGCACAAUGUCGACGUCCGAUGUCACAUUCACGUCGGCGCCAACCACAUUUUCCCGGGACAUCAUCCCGGCCGAAUUCGAGGGCUCGUCUGUGCUGAGCAUAGGGACCAUGUCGACCACGUACACUAGCUUUGAAUGGGCGCCUGAGGCGACCCUCGCCCCAUCCAUUUUCGAACAGCUUUCGGUGACUUCCCUGGGUGGAAUGUCGACCACGGAUUAAUCCAUUGUAUCAAUACGUCGCAUUUUGUUAUCGCUGUAUCUGUAGAAGUUAUUCAAACAUGCAUCUUGACUUGUCACAAGGGAUUCGUUGACCAUGAAAGGCAUAAACGGCGUCAGGCUUAGUGAUAUUGAUUGUGCUAACCUCAUCCUCGCGCUUUCAAUCUCAUGCC